CCGACCUCCGCCUCCGACAGCCAACUUUACUAUGACCCUCCGGAACGCCGCCGCCUUCCGGCGCGCCCUCCACUCCGUCCACCCCAUCCCAAACGAGCCGCCGCCGCUCCCGCGGUUGUCGGAGCCCCGGUCCUCCGCCUCCCUCCUCAAUGGCUGCACCUCCCUCCGUGCCCUGAAACCCCUCCACGCCUCUGUCCUUCGCCUCCACCCCGACGACCUCUUCCUCUCCGCUACCCUCGCCUCCCGCUACGCCCUCCUCGGCUCUUCCCGCCACGCCCUCUCCGUCCUCUCCUCCGCGCCCCCUCCCCCUCCCUCCGCCAGCGACCCCUUUCUAUGGAACAUUCUCCUCCGCGCCUUCGCCGAUGCCGGCGCCCCCGAACACACCCUUGCCGUCUACCGCCGGAUGCGCGACCCGAGCGGCGGCGGCGCCCGCCCCGACCGCUUCACCUUUCCCCCCGUCCUCAAGGCCUGUGGCCACCUCCGCGACCUCCAGACCGGGGCUAAGGUCCACCGCGACACCGUUGAGUUCGGCUACUGUUAUGAUGUCUUUGUUGGGAACUCUCUCAUCGCCAUGUAUGGAAAUGGUGGCGCCUUAGAAACCGCAAGACGAGUAUUUGAUGAAAUGUCCGAGAGAAAUGUCGUCACUUGGACCGCCAUGAUCGGGGCGUCAGCCCAAAACGGGCAUACUGAGGAGGCUUUAUCUUUAUUUCAUUCAAUGCUGGAUGGGAGAGUUAGGCCCAACAGAGCAACGUUCUUGAAUGUGAUGCCCUGUGUCUUUAAAGCUGAAGAGGCUGAUGACUUGUAUAAGCUUAUUGCUAGACAGGGUCUUGAUUCUGAUAUGUUUGUUCAGAAUGCAAUGGUUGGAAUGUAUUCAAGGUGUGGAAAGAUUGAAUUUGCUCGGCAUUUGUUUGACAGGAUCCUUGAGAAAGAUUUGGCAUCAUGGAGCUCAAUGAUUGAAGGUUAUGCUCGAGCUGAUAUGCUCGAUGAAGCUUUGAAGCUAUUUAGAAAAAUGAAGCUAGCUGGAAUUCUUCUGGACCAUGUGAUUCUUCUUGGCAUCAUUCGUGCUUGUUCGAAUUCAUUGUUGGCUUCUCUUCAGCAUGCUCGAUUUAUUCAUGGAUUUGUUGUCAGGAACUUGUUGGAUCAAAAUUUGAUGGUGCAAACAGCUUUGAUUGAUCUCUAUGUGAAGCGUGGGAGCCUAAGAAAUGCUCGUAGAAUAUUUGAUCAGAUGCAACAGAAAAAUUUGGUUUCGUGGAGUACAAUGAUCUCUGGGUAUGGAAUGCAUGGGAGGGGAGAGGAUGCACUCAAACUCUUUAUCUGUAUGAAGGGGUCUGUGAAACCAGACCAUAUUGUGUUUGUCUCGGUUCUCUCAGCUUGCAGCCAUGCAGGAUUAAUUGAUGAAGGAUGGCAAUGCUUUAAUUCCAUGGUGGCAGAGUUUGGCAUCGUUCCUCGAGCUGAGCACUAUGCAUGUAUGGUUGAUCUCUUGGGCCGAGCUGGGCAGCUGAAAGAGGCUCGAGAGUUUAUAGAGCGUAUGCCAAUAAAGCCAGAUUCUAGUGUGUGGGGAUCCUUGCUUGGUGCAUGUAGGAUACAUCCAAAUGCAGAAAUUGCAGAAUUGGUAGCAAAAUCUCUUUUUGAAUUGGAGCCAGAGAACUCAGGCCGUUACAUUUUAUUGUCGAAUAUCUACACUUCAUUGGGAAAGAUUGAAGAAGCUCACCGAAUCAGAGCUCUGAUGAGACGGAGAGGAGUGAGAAAAAUAGCUGGCUACACUAUUAUAGAAGUGAAGAACAAGGUUUACAAGUUCUUUGUUGGAGAUCGGAUGAAUCCACAAUCGCAUUUGAUUUAUAAAGAGCUAGAAAGAUUGAUGGAUAGGAUUCGCAUGAUAGGUUAUGUGCCGAAUACCAACUUUGCAUUGCAUGGUGUGGAGGAAGAGACAAAAGAGAAGUCACUAUAUGUGCACAGUGAGAAACUUGCAAUUGUUUUUGGACUUUUGAACUCAGGACCUGGAUGUGUGAUUCAGAUCCGUAAGAAUCUGAGGGUUUGUGGGGAUUGUCAUACUGCCACCAAGUUCAUCUCUAAAAUUACAGGGAGGGAGAUUGUGGUUAGAGAUUCUCAUAGAUUUCAUCAUUUCAGUGAUGGGGUUUGUUCUUGUGGGGAUUAUUGGUAAAGAAUCCUGUAUAUGCUGUAAUUAUCUUUGCCCUAGGUGGAGAACUAUAUUGCAGCAUCAAAUUUUGAUGUGAAGAGACGGAAUGCAGAAUUCUAAUUUCCUUUCCAACUUAGGGCCUGUUUGGAUUUUUCUACAGGAUUGGGCUAAAAAUCCUAUAGUAUACAACCAGCAAGAUCAUAGGCUACAGGCUGGGCUAGGCCUGUGUCUGGGUUGGCCCACUCCAAAGCUAUCUUUGGAUUUUUGCCUAGCCCAGUCUGCAGCCUGUGAUCUUGCUGGUUGUACUGGCCCAUUUCUGUAAGAAAUUCCAAGUAGGUCCUUAAGAAGUUCAAUGAAUGGUCAAAGGGACUUAUAUGUUGAAGUAAGCUGCCUCUGCAAGAGAGACACACCUGAAGUAGAGAGCAGGGUAAGAAAGGUCACAAAUUCAUACAAUUGGAGGUUGUGAUUUAAAUUGCAGUGUGCGCCCAUGGUUUUUGAACCUCCAUCCAUCCCUGAGUAUACCAAUUUGUGUGUCAAGUGGCGACUGAUGAAUCUUUUCGGUAAACGAUGGGGUAAAGGGCCUCGAUCUGGAAUCACAUUCUAUGCAUCUCUCAACAACAGUGGAGGAAGAUCUGUCGAGCAUCUUCCUCAUGUCGCUCGUGAAUGCUUUUGUGGAAAUUGGCUCAUCAGGCGAGUUUAUCGUUACUGCAAAUGCUUUGGUCCAGUUACCACUAUUCAACAUAUGGCGCACACACUGAAUACCUGAAACACUGUAUUUAUGAUUGCAGAUGGAAGAAGGUUCGGUGAAAGGACAAAGUAUUUAUGUCCUACUUCAUUUUGGUCCAGCAGCUGCUGGAAUUAUCUGGCCGAUUCUUACCAACUCUGGAGCUAACCUCAAAGUAAAGAUUGGGAGACAUAGCUAAACUGUUUCAGUAAAUCUGGAAGAAUCAUAAAGGUAUUUUCUUGGUUGCCGAUUUCUCAUCGUUGAUCGGCUGUCGAGUAAGACACAGGAUAACUUGUGUAUUCCAUUGAAAUCGAUUUUAAAGGAGUUGCAAUUCUGAAUCUCUAUGACAUCCAAUGUCAAACCAAAGCAAGUAGCAAACUUGAUCUGCUUCAAGUGCAAGGCACCCCCAGGGAGAUGGCAAAUACAAGCUCAAACAGGGAGUUCAGCAAGAUCUACUGCCAUCAAGUAACUAAUUGCAAUAUAUACCGAGGGUCUCACCAUGAAGGAGUGCAUCAGGACAACUAGGUGACAUCUGAUGA